UGCUAAAAAAGAAAAAAAGAAAUGGUAAAUAAAAGUCGUCUUCUCCAGUAGCCACCAACGACGAUGCCUUUUUUCCAAAUUUUCUCAGUCCCGUCUCUCUCUCUCUAAAAGACUCUUCAUUCUCUCUCUAGAUCACACACACUCUCUAGAAUACAAGUCGAUCUCCUUUUGGAUCUCUCGCUUUUCCUUCUUUGGAUCCCGAUAAAAUCCGAUAGGAUCUGGGGAGAAGAUCGAGGAUUGGUAGUCGAAGAAGCGUCGUCGCUCUGGAUCUGACCUACCAUGGCGUUGUCCGGCAUGAGAGGUCUCUCCGUCUUCAUCAGUGACAUUCGGAAUUGUCAGAACAAAGAGCAGGAGAGGCUUCGGGUUGAUAAGGAGCUUGGGAACGUCCGUACGCGUUUCAAGAACGAAAAGGGUUUGACACCAUAUGAAAAAAAGAAAUAUGUCUGGAAAAUGCUUUACAUUUAUAUGCUGGGUUAUGAUGUAGAUUUUGGUCACAUGGAAGCAGUUUCUCUAAUAUCUGCACCUAAGUAUCCAGAAAAGCAGGUGGGGUACAUUGUAACGUCAUGUUUACUCAAUGAGAACCAUGACUUUUUGAGGUUAGCAAUAAAUACUGUGCGCAAUGAUAUUAUUGGCCGAAAUGAAACUUUCCAGUGCUUGGCUUUGACUAUGGUUGGGAAUAUUGGUGGGAGAGAGUUUGCUGAAUCUUUAGCUCCUGAUGUUCAAAAGUUACUUAUUUCCAGUAGCUGCCGACCACUUGUGAGGAAGAAAGCUGCGUUGUGUCUUCUGCGCUUGUACAGGAAAAAUCCUGAUGUUGUCAAUGUAGAUGGCUGGUCAGAUCGGAUGGCGCAGCUUUUAGAUGAACGUGAUCUGGGUGUCUUGACAUCUUCGAUGAGCCUUCUUGUUGCUUUAGUAUCAAACAACCAUGAUGCAUAUUGGAGUUGUCUCCCAAAGUGUGUUAAGAUUCUGGAGAGGCUUGCUAGGAAUCAGGAUGUUCCACAAGAAUACACUUACUAUGGUAUCCCAACUCCCUGGCUUCAGGUAAAGACCAUGAGAGCUCUGCAGUACUUCCCGACUAUCGAAGAUCCAAACACUAGAAGAUCACUGUUUGAGGUUCUACAACGGAUAUUAAUGGGAACUGAUGUUGUGAAAAACGUGAACAAGAACAAUGCCUCACAUGCUGUUCUGUUUGAAGCCCUUGCUCUUGUCAUGCAUCUGGAUGCUGAAAAAGAAAUGAUGUCUCAAUGUGUUGCCUUGCUUGGGAAAUUUAUUGCUGUGCGAGAGCCAAAUAUACGAUAUCUUGGUUUGGAAAAUAUGACUCGGAUGCUGAUGGUGUCCGAUGUGCAGGAUAUUAUUAAAAGACAUCAGGCUCAAAUCAUAACCUCACUGAAGGAUCCUGACAUCAGUAUAAGGAGACGAGCACUUGAUCUGCUUUAUGGUAUGUGUGAUAUUUCAAAUGCAAAGGACAUUGUUGAAGAAUUACUGCAGUAUCUCAGCAGUGCUGACUUUGCUAUGCGCGAGGAAUUGUCACUAAAAGCAGCAAUCCUAGCUGAGAAAUUUGCCCCUGACCUAUCAUGGUAUGUGGACGUGAUCCUACAGUUGAUUGACAAGGCAGGAGAUUUUGUCAGUGAUGACAUAUGGUUUCGUGUUGUGCAGUUUGUUACAAACAAUGAAGACCUACAGCCCUAUGCAGCAGCAAAGGCAAGAGAGUAUCUUGACAAGCCUGCUAUCCAUGAGACAAUGGUCAAGGUCAGUGCUUAUCUCCUUGGAGAAUACAGCCACCUUUUGGCCAGACGACCAGGGUGUAGUCCGAAGGAAAUUUUUGGCAUCAUUCAUGAGAAGCUCCCUACUGUAUCGACUACUACAGUUCCUAUUCUUCUUUCAACAUAUGCUAAGAUUUUGAUGCACACUCAACCCUCAGACCCAGAACUACAGAAUCAGAUUUGGGCAAUAUUCAGCAAAUAUGAGAGUUGCAUUGAUGUUGAGAUACAGCAACGAGCUGUUGAAUAUUUUGCAUUGAGUAGGAAAGGUGCGGCUUUAAUGGAUAUAUUGGCUGAAAUGCCUAAAUUCCCUGAGCGUCAGUCCUCAUUGCUUAAAAAAGCCGAAGAUGCUGAAGUUGACACUGCAGAGCAAAGUGCUAUCAAGUUGCGGGCACAGCAGCAGACUUCAAAUGCUUUGGUUGUAACUGACCAACGCCCUGCUAACGGAACUCCUUAUGUUGGCCAGCUUGGUCUUGUGAUGGUGCCUAGCUCUGCUAAUGCGGAUCAUAACUUAGAAAACCAAGGGCCGGCUCAGGAAAAUGGGACAUUGAGCCAAGUAGAUCCUCAAUCUCCCAGUCCUUCAGCCGACCUUCUUGGUGAUCUUUUGGGGCCACUUGCCAUUGAAGGACCUCCAGGUGCUGCUGCGCCAACUGAACAAAAUGCAAUCCCUGCAUCAGAAGGUGAUCCAAAUCCAGCAGAUGCUUUGGCACUUGCACCUGUUGAUGAGCAGACAAAUUCCGUGCAGCCAAUAGGAAAUAUUGCAGAACGGUUCCAUGCUUUAUGCCUGAAGGAUAGCGGUGUGCUAUACGAGGAUCCGAAUAUCCAGAUUGGCAUUAAAGCAGAGUGGCGAGCACAUCAUGGGCGUCUUGUCCUUUUCUUGGGAAACAAGAAUACUUCUUCACUUGCUUCAGUUCAAGCUCUGAUAUUGCCUCCCUCCCAUUUAAAGAUGGAACUCUCAUUAGUACCCGAAACUAUUCCUCCACGUGCGCAGGUGCAAUGCCCACUUGAAGUCAUGAAUCUUCGUCCAAGCAGGGAUGUAGCUGUUCUUGAUUUCUCGUACAAGUUUGGAACCUCUUCGGUCAAUGUGAAGCUUCGCCUUCCAGCUGUCUUGAAUAAAUUUCUUCAUCCUAUAUCAGUGACUGCUGAAGAAUUUUUUCCCCAAUGGAGAUCACUUUCUGGACCGCCUUUGAAGCUUCAAGAAGUGGUUAGAGGUGUAAGACCAAUGCUUCUUCUGGAAAUGGCGAACUUGUUUAACAGUUUGCGGUUGAUGGUUUGCCCUGGGCUUGAUCCUAAUGCAAAUAAUCUGGUUGCUAGCACCACAUUUUACUCGGAGAGUACACGGGCCAUGUUAUGUUUGAUGAGAAUUGAAACAGAUCCGGCAGACAGAACACAACUACGGAUGACAGUUUCCUCAGGGGACCCUACACUAACAUUCGAGUUGAAGGAGUUCAUCAAAGAGCAAUUAGUUAGCAUUCCCACAGCUACCCGUCCACCAGCACCUGAAGUAGCCCAACCAACUAGUGCAGUCACCUCAUUAACAGAUCCUGGAGCUAUGCUUGCGGGUUUGCUUUGAUAAAGUGAAAGUGAUUGAUGUGUGAAGAUUUGUUGAUUAUACACUUGUAAACCUGAUUUAUACGGCCGGCCCACCUAUUUGUCCCCCAAAUUAGGAGGUGGGCAUGGAAAACUAUGAUGCAGGGGCUGGCGGAAUUAAAAGGGUGAGGUCAUUUGUGAUCGGCACAGUGUGAGUUGGAUUUCUGGGGGUUUAGGUCGGGGCUUAUUCUUUCUGCACAAUUACAUUGUGCCUUGGUGAGGUUUUCUCUGUUUCAGGGUGAGGGUUUUAUUUUUAUAUAUUUUUUCUCUUUCCUUUUUCCCCCAGGGUUCACUGGAUUGGUUUCUGUAAUAUGAUAAUUGGAUAGGAUCCGGCCUAUUGUAUGAAGUAGGACCAAUUGUAAUAGGUUGCAUUUGUUUGUCAAUGCAUAUUUAUAUUUCCAAUAAGAACUUGCGGGAGGGUAACCGAUAGAUUUGGUACGCUCUGCGUUUUUGGCUUU